AUGCGUAUCGUCAUUAAGUUGCUGAGUGUAGCUGUGUUACUUCAGUUUGCCUGUCCUACAGAUGCGACAGACGACAGAUUGUUUGAAUGCUCGUGCAUUCUGGACCAACUUGACCCUGAUCAUGUCUGCGACGAAACAUUUCAGCCGGUAACCUAUGCGGGAUUAGGCACAUUCACCGCCGACCUGCAGUGCCAUCGCAGGGGAUUUCCCCCUGACAACAUCAACGACAUCGGCACCAGGUUUUACUUGUACACCCGUGAGAACCCAUCAGCUGACGUGGAGUUGACAGAAGCAUCGGGAGGAAAAGUGCCUUUCUCCUCCGCUAGACCUACAAAGUUUAUCAUUCACGGAUUCCAAAGCAAUGGAAAAAAGAGUUGGGUGCUCGAAAUGAAAGACGAAUUGCUGAAAAAGGGGGACUUCAACGUCAUCAGUGUGGAUUGGAAAGAUGGUGCCGAUCCGAGUUUCCUGCCCGACUACUGCCAGGCAAGGCAGAACAUCCGUGUUGUAGCUCGCCAAAUCGUCAAUCUGCUCCAGCAAAUGCUGAACCAAUACUCGGACUUCGACCUCGCUGACGUGCAUCUGAUUGGUCACAGUCUUGGAGGACAGAUGGCCGGGUACGUCGGCCAGCACAUGUCAGGACAAAUCGGACGUAUAUCUGGCAUGGAUCCAGCAGAGCCCGACUUCCAAGGUGAUGAGGUCGACUGUCGGCUUGACCCUAGUGAUGCUGCAUUUGUGGACGUGAUCCAUGCCUCAAUGUUCGGAAUAUUCCAACCGGUUGGCCAUGUAGAUAUCUACCCAAACUAUGGUACCGAUAUGCCCGGUUGUACCUCCUGGGCUGUUCCCGACAUAGUGGAGGGAUACUGCGGUCACAAAAAGUCCCAUGAAUACUUCACAGAUGGUAUCAAUGAUGACUGCAACUCAUUGGCCUACCCAUGUACCUGGGUAACGGGCCAGGGGCAGGGAUGCACUUACCAGGGCCAACCAGGUGUCACUUCAGUCCAAAUGGGCUAUCAUGCUGACCAGACACCAUUGAGUGCUUAUGGUCUCUAUGUCAUUAUGACCAAUAAGGAAAGUCCAUAUUGCGCUCCAAACAUCAUACCUUCACCGAAUUAGGUUUAUCAUGGCUGUAUUCGCAAAUUGUGCUCAUGUGGAUGCCAAAUGAAUGUGAAAAUCUUACAUAAGUGACGAGUAAAUCAUGCCUCAUUACUAGAAUUUACGAACCAGAGAGAUUCUCCAUGGUUAAAUUGACGAGUUUUCAUCAGUUCUUACAAGUUUCAGUCAGUGUCAAAAUAUGGAAAUACAUGUACUCUACUUUCAACUCAACAGAAGGAUUAUUUUGGACAUAGUGUCUUCAGUUAACGAAUAAAAAUGACUGAAACGUACAGCAGACAAUUGUCCAAGUAUAAAGACUUUUUUUUAAUCACUCCUCCAGCUUCAUUUAUUUUAAGAAUAUUUAUAAGGUAAAUGUAUCUUGGUGAAAAUUCACAAAUAAUCGAAAAUUAAAAACAAAUAAAAU